AUGAAACAAAAGAAAAGAGUAGAGUUUAAAGAAGAAUAUCAUAAUUCUCCUUUACUUACUCCAAAGGAUGAUUUUGAUGAUUUAGAUCAUUUGGAAUAUCAAAAAAAAGAAGAAGAAGAAGAAGAACAACAACAACAACAACAACAACAACAACAACAACAACAACAACAACAACAACAACAACAACAACAACAACAACAACAACAACAACAACAACAACAACAACAACAACAACAACAACAACAACAGCAACAACAUCAACAACAACUAGAACAAUCUCAAGUUCAACAAAUUCCAAAAACUCCACCAUAUGAUACAAUUACACAUAUUUCAGAUAAUGUGGAUUAUAUAACAUUAUCAUCUUCAUUACAUCUAAGUCGAAAUGAAAAACGAGAUAUUGAACAUGAUAUACAACAAUUAGCGAAACUAAAAUCAAAAAUUGAAAGAAGUAAUAAAAAUCAAUUGGUACAAUUUUAUUUAAAAGUGUUGAAAAGGGAGAUUGUAUUACCUAUUCCACAUAAGAUUAGUAAAGCUCCUAUUAUAAAUUGGUCGAAAUAUCAUAAAUCUUUAAGUGAAGUAGAUAACGAAUUUCAAAGAAUAUUGAAAAGAGAUGAUGCUGCUGAUUAUGAUGAUGAUGAUGAUGUAAAUAGUAAUAAUAAUGGUUCAUUAUAUAAUGUUUUGAAAUUAUUUGAUGAUAAGUAA